AUGUCGUCGUAUCCCAUCCGGCGCCGCCCACGCGAGUGCAAGACCUGUCUACCGUGCCGCGCCAGCAAAGUCCGCUGCGAUCGCAAUGUCCCGUGCUCCAAUUGCGUGAAGCGUAACUUCAACUGCUCCUACGGCCGUCCGCAACCCUCGCGACCCGCCAUUCCGUCCUCCCUCACCCCCGCCUCCACGUCGCUACAAUCCUCCAGCUCCUUCGUCUCGCCCGCCUUCCCGCCCACCUAUCCGCGGCACCAGUAUGCCGAUAAUCACUACGCCGAUCAUCCGUCCCAGACCAGCGACGACCCCGAUCUACCCCAGGUCGUUGACAUCUCGCAGUCCGAGUGGGAUGAGAUCAAUACUAAGAUGGAGGCGAUGCAGGAGAUCAUCGGGAGCCUGCGUGACUUGUUCCAGACGCAUUCGUCUCGCAAGCGGGUAGCGCCGUCGUCCGAGCCGGAACGAAAGGAUUCGGCUCGGUCGGAAGGUGUGUAUGGGGUGAAUGCGACGAGGACCGGGGCGGUCCAUCUCGGAGCCCGGGCGGCGAUGAUGGAUAUCUUGGAUAAUUCGAAGAAUUCCGAGGACAUGGCGCGGGCGUUGCCGCAGGAAGAUCUGCUGGAGGAACUCGCAUUGGGGAAUGAGGCGUCGAUGUACCCUUUUGUAGAUUUGUGGUCAUCGGAUCCGAUGACCUUUAAUAUUGCGCGGGUGUGCGAGGUGCUUCCGGAAGACGGGCAAUGCCAUCGAUUUCUGGGGUUUUACAGAGAUAUCGGAGCAAUUUUGUAUCCGGUGCUGCCAGAUUUAGAUGAGUUGGAACGCAAGACGAAUCGGUUACUGGAGCGUCGACGACAGGCGGGAGGGAAAUAUAGACCAGAUGCCAAUGAGAAGGUCGAACCGUUUGGGGCCAGUCUGACAUUCUUGAGUUUGUUGUUUGCGGUUCUGGCCUCGGGGUGCCAAUUAUCGGAUAUGACGGAGCGAGAUCGCGAGCUGACCUCUUGGGUUUAUGUUUCCUGUGCAUACCAUUGCCUUCGAAUGUUGAAUUAUGUCUCGCACCCGACGGUUAAGGUCAUUCAAAUUCUGCUCAUCAUCAGCAACGUCUUGUCGUAUAACAUGAACGCUGGUGCAUCCUACACUCUGCUUGGUAUGACGGAACGCAUGUGUCUUGUUCUUGGUCUUCAUGUCGAGUCGAGGGGCUUUUCACUCGAGGAGCAAGCGGUCCGGCGACGUGUGUGGUGGAUGAUGGCCUUCCAAAACAGUCAUUUCUCCCUGGCCUACGACCGGCCAUCCAUCACGAUGGUCAGCCAGCCCGAGAUCCCAUUUGACCGGAAGUCAAUGCCCGGGCACCGCACUUACUUCGAGACCCUCUGCCGAGUGGUGUCGCUGGCAUUGGAGAUCCUGCGAUCGCGCAUGUAUCUUAAUUCCUCACAACCACAGUUACAUGAGAUCGGCGAGUGGAAGCAGCGCCUCCAGCGCAUGCUCGACGAGGCGACUCCCCAUUUGCGAUAUCGCGAGCAAUGUCGAUCCCUCUCAGAGCACAUCGAAAGAACCGAGUUGCGUCUGCACUCAUGCUACCUCCUUUCGGUGCUCUGUCGUGAUUCUCUGGAUCCCAACGCGUACAUAGAUGAUCAGCGCCGCGCGAUGAUUCGGAAAGACUGCAUUUCCAGCUUGAUGGACACGAUCGACGCCUUUGUGGAGCUGCACGAAAUUAACUCGCAUUGUUCCCGCUCAUGGAUCAGUCUGCAACGCACGAUCGCCUCGGCUUUCCUACUUGUCGCGAACGACGACAGUACCCAGACUUGGGAUCUUAUCGACCGACUCGAGAAUGUCCUGGCAGACCACGUCUAUGCCGACGGCGACGAAGAUCAUAAUAAUCGCACGGAUUCCGCCAAGCACCUAUCCUCGUCCCUUCGUGCGUUGCGUGAGAUUCGCGACGCCUUCCGCGCGCGCAAGACUGGCCCGACGCACACUCCUAGCCAGACAUUCUCGCCAUUGGUCUUGCCUUCCCCGCCAUCUAUGGACUCAGGCCCCGAGAUGCCCGCGAACCUGGUCGCCAGCGGAGUCUCCAUGCCGAUUGAAAUGGGCAAUAUCCUCGGCCGCGUGUCGGACGUGAUGUUAUUCCCCAUGAUGAACGGCCAAAGCCCGGCCGCUUAG